AUGCCCUCAUGCCCUCACGCCCUCAUGCCCUCAUGCCCUCAUGCCCUCACGCCCUCAUGCCCUCAUGCCCUCAUGCCCUCACGCCCUCAUGCCCUCAUGCCCUCAUGCCCUCAUCCCCUCAUGCCCUCAUGCCCUCAUGCCCUCAUGCCCUCAUGCCCUCACGCCCUCAUGCCCUCAUGCCCUCACGCCCUCAUGCCCUCAUGCCCUCAUGCCCUCAUCCCCUCAUGCCCUCAUGCCCUCAGGCCCUUAUGCCCUCAUGCCCUUAUGCCCUCAUGCCCUCAUGCCCUCAUGCCCUCACGCCCUCAUGCCCUCAUGCCCUCACGCCCUCAUGCCCUCAUGCCCUCAUGCCCUCAUGCCCUCAUGUACUCCUCCCGUCAUGUACUCAUGCACUCAUGCACUCAUGCCCUCAUGCCCUCAUGCACUCAUGCCCUCAUGCCCUCAUGCCCUCAUGCCCUCAUGCUCUCAUGCCCUCACGCCAUCAUGCCCUCAUGCCUUAAUGCACUCAUGCCCUCAUGCCCUCACGCCCUCAUGCCCUCAUGCCCUCAUGCCCUCAUGCCCUCAUGCCCUCAUGCCUUCAUGCCCUCAUGCCCUCAUGCCCUCAUGCCCUCAUGCCCUCACGCCCUCAUGCCCUCAUGCCCCCACGCCCACAAGCCCUCAUGCCCUCACGCCCUCAUGCCCUCAUGCCCUCACGCCCUCAUGCCCUCAUGCCCUCAUGCCCUCACGCCCUCAUGCCCUCACGCCAUCAUGCCCUCAUGCCCUCAUGCCCUCAUGCCCUCAUGCCCUCAUGCCCUCAUGCCUUCAUCCUUUCAUGCCCUCAUGCCCUCAUGCCCUCAUGCCCUCAUGCCCUCAUGCCCUCAUGCCCUCAUGCCCUCAUGCCCUCACACCCUCAUGCCCUCAUGCCCUCAUGCCCUCAUGCCCUCAUGCCCUCACGCCCUCACGCCCUCAUACCCUCGCCCUCAUCCCCUCAUGCCCUCAUGCCCUCAUGCCCUCAUUCCCCACACCCUCAUACCCUCAUGCCCACACGUCCUCAUGCCCUCAUGCCCUUAUGCCCUCACGCCCCACGCUCUCAUGCCCUCACGCCCUCAUGCCCUCAUGCCCUCAUGCCCUCAUGCCCUCAUGCCCUCAUGCCCUCAUGCACUCAUGCCCUCAUGCCCUCAUGCCCUCAUGCCCUCACGCCAUAAUGCCUUAAUUCCCUCAUGCACUCAUGCCCUCAUGCCCUCACGCCCUCAUGCCCUCAUGCCCUCAUGCCCUCACGCCCUCAUGCCCUCAUGCCCUCAUGCCCUCACGCCCUCAUGCCCUCACGCCCUCACGCCCUCAUGCCCUCAUGCCCCCACGCCCUCAUGCUCUCAUGCCCUCACGCCAUCAUGCCCUCAUGCCCUCAUGCCCUCAUGCCCUCAUGCCCUCACGCCCUUAUGCCCUCAUGCCCUCAUGCCCUCAUCCCCUCAUGCCCUCAUGCCCUCAUGCCCUCAUGCCCUCACACCCUCAUGCCCUCAUGCCCUCAUGCCUUCAUGCCCUCAUGCCCUCACGCCCUCAUGCCCUCAUGCCCUCAUGCCCUCAUGCCCUCAUGCCCUCAUGCCCUCAUGCCCUCAUGCCCUCAUGCCCUCACGCCCUCAUGCCCUCAUGCCCUCACGCCCUCAUGCCCUCAUGCCCUCAUGCCCUCACGCCCUCAUGCCCUCAUGCCCUCAUGCCCUCAUCCCCUCAUGCCCUCAUGCCCUCAUGCCCUCAUGCCCUCAUGCCCUCAUGCCCUCAUGCCCUCAUGCCCUCAUGCUCUCAUGCCCUCAUGCCCUCAUGCCCUCACGCCCUCACGCCCUCAUGCCCUCAUGCCCUCAUGCCCUCACGCCCUCAUGCCCUCAUGCCCUCAUGCCCUCAUGCCCUCAUGCCCUCAUGCCCUCAUGCCCUCACGCCCUCAUGCCCUCACGCCCUCAUGCCCUCAUGCCCUCAUGCCCUCAUGCCCUCAUGCCCUCAUGCCCUCAUGCCCUCAUGCCCUCAUGCCCUCAUGCCCUCAUGCACUCAUGCCCUCAUGCCCUCACGCCCUCAUGCCCUCACGCCCUCAUGCCCUCACGCCCUCAUGCCCUCAUGCCCUCAUGCCCUCAUGCCCUCACGCCCUCAUGCCCUCAUGCCCUCAUGCCCUCACGCCCCUCAUGCCCUCAUCCCCCUCAUGCCCUCAUCCCUCAUGCCCUCAUGCCCUCGUGCCCUCAGGCCUCUCAUGCCCUCAGGCCUUCAUGCCCUCCUGCCCUCAAGCCUCAUGCCCUCAUGCCCUCCUGCCCUCAUGUACUCAUGCACUCAUGCACUCAUGCCCUCAUGCCCUCAUGCAAUCAUGCCCUCAUGCCCUCAUGCCCUCAUGCCCUCAUGCACUCAUGCCCUCAUGCCCUCACGCCCUCAUGCCCUCAUGCCCUCACGCCCUCAUGCCCUCAUGCCCUCAUGCACUCAUGCCCUCAUGCCCUCACGCCCUCAUGCCCUCAUGCCCUCACGCCCUCAUGCCCUCAUGCCCUCAUGCCCUCACGCCCUCAUGCCCUCAUGCCCUCAUGCCCUCAUCCCCUCAUGCCCUCAUGCCCUCAUGCCCUCAUGCCCUCAUGCCCUCAUGCCCUCACGCCCUCAUGCCCUCAUGCCCUCACGCCCUCAUGCCCUCAUGCCCUCAUGCCCUCAUGCCCUCAUGCCCUCACGCCCUCAUGCCCUCAUGCCCUCAUGCCCUCAUCCCCUCAUGCCCUCAUGCGCCUCAUUCCCUCACGCCCUCAUGCCCUCAUGCACUCAUGCCCUCACGCCAUCAUGCCCUCAUGCCCUCAUGCACUCAUGCCCUCAUGCCCUCACGCCCUCAUGCCCUCAUGCCCUCAUGCCCUCACGCCCUCAUGCCCUCAUGCCCUCAUGCCCUCAUGCCUUCAUGCCCUCAUGCCCUCAUGCCCUCAUGCCCUCACGCCCUCACGCCAUCAUGCCCUCAUGCCCUCAUGCCCUCAUCCCCUCAUGCCCUCAUGCCCUCAUGCCUUCAUGCCCUCAUGCCCUCACGCCCUCAUGCCCUCAUGCCCUCAUGCCCUCAUGCCCUCAUGCCCUUAUGCCCUCAUGCCCUCAUGCCCUCAUGCCCUUAUGCCCUCAUGCCCUCAUGCCCUCACGCCCUCAUGCCCUCAUGCCCUCACGCCCUCAUGCCCUCAUGCCCUCAUGCCCUCACGCCCUCAUGCCCUCAUGCCCUCAUGCCCUCACGCCCUCAUGCCCUCAUGCCCUCAUGCCCUCAUGCCCUCAUGCCCUCAUGCCCUCAUGCCCUCAUGCCCUCAUGCCCUCAUGCCCUCAUGCCCUCACGCCAUCAUGCCCUCAUGCCCUCAUGACCUCGUCCCCUCAUGCCCUCAUGCCCUCAUGCCUUCAUGCCCUCAUGCCCUCACGCCCUCAUGCCCUCAUGCCCUCAUGCCCUCAUGCCCUCAUGCCCUCACGCCCUCAUGCCCUCACGCCCUCAUGCCCUCAUGCCCUCAUGCCCUCACGCCCUCAUGCCCUCAUGCCCUCAUGCCCUCACGCCCUCACGCCCUCAUGCCCUCAUGCCCUCAUGCCCUCAUGCCCUCAUGCCCUCAUGCCCUCACGCCCUCAUGCCCUCAUGCCCUCAUGCCUUCAUCCUUUCAUGCCCUCAUGCCCUCAUGCCCUCAUGCCCUCACGCCAUCAUGCCCUCAUGCCCUCAUCCCCUCAUGCCCUCAUGCCCUCAUGCCCUCACGCCCUCAUGCCCUCAUGCCCUCAUGCCCUCAUCCCCUCAUGCCCUCAUGCCCUCAUGCCCUCAUGCCCUCAUGCCCUCACGCCCUCAUGCCCUCAUGCCCUCACGCCCUUAUGCUUCAUGCCCUCAUGCCCUCAUCCCCUCAUGCCCUCAUGCCCUCAUGCCCUCAUGCCCUUAUGCCCUCAUGCCCUCAUGCCCUCAUGCCUUCAUGCCCUCAUGCCCUCACGCCCUCACGCCCUCAUGCCCUCACGCCCUCAUGCCCUCACGCCCUCAUGCCCUCACACCUCAUGCCCUCAUGUACUCCUGCCCUCAUGUACUCAUGCUCUCAUGCACUCAUCAUUCCCUCAUGCCCUCAUGCACUCAUGCCCUCAUGCCCUCAUGCCCUCAUGCCCUCAUGCUCUCAUGCCCUCACGCCAUCAUGCCCUCAUGCCCUCAUGCACUCAUGCCCUCAUGCCCUCACGCCCUCAUGCCCUCAUGCCCUCAUGCCCUCAUGCCCUCAUGCCCUCAUGCCUUCAUGCCCUCAUGCCCUCAUGCCCUCAUGCACUCAUGCCCUCACGCCAUAA